AUGAUAUUAUUAUGGUGGCAGUUGCUCCUCAUACCUUUAGAUCAGUGGGGAUAGUUUCCAUUUGUCCUCAUUAGACAUAAUAUUUAAACGACGAUAUUCCUCGAUUCACAGGUCGAAUAUAAUAAACUUGUUGGCCAUGAAACAAAAUUACAAACCAACGAAAGAGCUACCGGAUGACGUUUCGUCAUCUGUGACAUUAUUCAUUGUUUCACCUUGCUCAGGGUCUUCCCAUAAUGGAUCGGAAUCCGAUCAGAGUCCGGAUGACACGGCAGGAAAGGAUGACAGCGGGAAGAAACAGAAACUUUCUUUUGGUUAUGUAAAGAAAUCCCUUAUGAAGCCUGAAGAGAAAGUCAUCGACACAUCAGUUAAGAAGGGAAUUCAGAUAAAAUUAGGAACUCAGAAACCUAUUCAUCAAAGUGGUGCUGUUAAAUCGCAGUCCAGCACAGUGGCGGCUGCGUUUAAUUUGGACGAAGAGGAAGAACCUGAGGAGAUGCCUCCAGAAGCGCGGAUGAGGAUGCGUAAUAUUGGCAGAGAAACUCCAACUUCAGCAGGUCCAAAUUCAUUUGGUAAGACAAAGCAAGGUUUCUGUGAUGCCAAAAAGAUAUUUGAGAAAACAAUGAAGAAAGCGAUGGAUAGUACGGAUAAUUCCAAGAAGACGACCGAGUGAUGUGGGUGUGAUAUGAAAAUUAUAUCCAGAAUAAUUGAGAACUUCAAUGGCAUUUGAUUUGCAAGACUUUGAAUUUCCAGGUCUGUUUGGUACGCAGAGCAUUAUAAAUAUACAUGCAAGUGUGAAUAUGUGAUGAUCACUGAAUUGUGUAGUUGUUGUUGCUAGUAUCAGAUGAUAAUAAUAGAUUCAUAUUACUCUUGUAGCGAUAAUUUAGUAACAUUAUUGGUCUUAUUGAUGUUCUUUUGAAAUAACAGUUUUCAUGUAUAUAUUUGAGAAAUUAGCCAUCUUUCAUUUUUUCUUGUCUUUAUUCACACUUAGUUCAUAUUAUUAACAAUCAUUACAUGACUUACCUAUUAUUACACCAGUACAAUAAAUGCUGUUAAAAUAUA